AAAAAAAGGAUUGUUUAUAAAAUAUCCCCCCCACCCACCCUCUUCAUCGCGUUCUAAUGUCGAGAUUCCUACAUCAUCAGUGAGAGCGUCUGGACUGGAUACUUGCACUGCUCAUAGACAUCGAUCAGAUAGCAAGUUUUGCGAUUCCAAAAUGUUGCGGCAAUCUUUUGGAGAAUCUGCUUAGAAAGCAGUUUCCUCCAUUUUUGAGAAGGAAGUUUAGAACAUGGAAGAUAGAGUGAAGGGCCAGAUGUUGUUUUUUCACAAUGUAUUUUAGCCAAAGGGAAUGAGAUUCUGCUGCAGAUAAGCUUAUGGGCUGGGUUGGAAAAGGGGAGAAAUAUGGUUAUGCUUUUUGGAGAAAAUGGGGAAAACAAUAAGGUGGCUGAAGGGCUUGUUUGGCAUGAAGAAAGACAGGGAAAAGAGAUCUCAGCAUCCUGCAAACCCCCCUGUGCAGGAUUCUUCAUGGUUGAGAGCUUACAUGGAUGAGUCAGAGAAAGAACAGAAUAGACAUGCGGUUGCUGUGGCGGCAGCCACCGCGGCUGCCGCAGAUGCGGCGGUGGCAGCCGCUCAGGCCGCUGUUGCGGUGGUCAGGCUUACCAGCCAAGGGAGAGGGACUGUGUUCAAUGUAGGGAGGGAGAAAUUUGCUGCCCUCAAAAUUCAAUCUGUUUUCAGGGGCUAUUUAGCCAGAAAAGCUCUGAGAGCUCUGAAGGGACUAGUGAAAAUACAGGCCCUGGUAAGGGGUUAUCUUGUUAGAAAAAGAGCAGCUGCCACUCUUCACAGUAUGCAAGCUCUCAUCCGAGCCCAAUCCGCUGCCCGUUCUCAAAGAGCCCGUCGUUCAAUGACCAUUGACACCCGAUUCCAGCCCGAAACGCGCGCCAGGAAGUCCAUCGAGAGGUUUGAUGAGUGCAGAAGUGCCUUCCACAGCAAGAGGCUUUCUGCGUCUUCAUAUGACACCACAAUCAACUCUGGAUUCGACGAGAGCCCCAAGAUCGUGGAGAUCGACACGUUCAAGCUGAAAUCGAAGACCCGCAACGCGUGCAUGUCCGAAUGCGGGGACCACCACCACUACUACCACCACGCGCCCUCGUGUCCGGGUCCCGGAAGGCUGUCCAUCCCGGAUUUCGACUGGAGUUUUCUCGGCGAGGAUUUGGCGGGAAAGUUCCACACUGCCCAAAACACCCCCCGGGCAGGGGGGGCGAGGAACGCGCCCCCCACCCCGCCCAAGAGCGUGUGCGGGGACCACUUCCCGAGCUACAUGGCGAACACGCAGUCGUUCCGGGCGAAGCUGAGGUCGCAGAGCGCCCCGAGGCAGAGGCCGGAGGGCGCGGCGGGCCCCAGGAAGAAGAGGAUGUCACUGAAUGACAUCAUGGCAUCAAGGAGUAGCUUUACUGGUGUUAGGAUGCAAACCCAAACCCCUUGUUGUUCUAAAGCUAGAGAAGAAUAUCACUACUGAUUUUAUUUUAUUUUAUCUGAUUUAAAAAAAAAGAACACUUCACUUUUAGUUUUAACAAUGUUUUGCGUGAAGUCUUUACAUGUAUUGCUUAGUCUAAGAUUAAAAUUUCAUUUCCCUA